UGCUAUUUUGAUAAUAAAUAAAACUGGUUUCCUUUGAGUUCACAACGAGCAUAGACAGUUCUAAGCCUGUAAUGGCGUCCACAAAAGAAGAAGAAAGCUUCUGCUAUGCAAUGCAGCUGGUGACUUCUACUGCGCUGUCCAUGUCCACGCAAUUAGCAGUUGAGCUUGGAGUUUUCGACAUCAUAGCCAAAGCUGGUGCGGGUGCGGGUCUCUCCUCAUCGCAGAUAGCAGCUCAGAUAGGCACCGAGAACCCCGAUGCGCCCAUGAUGUUGGAUCGGAUCCUCACGCUACUGGCAAGUCACUCUGUGCUCAAUUGCACUGUGGUUAAUGCUAAUGAUGAUGAUCAUAGUGAUGGGCCUAUUUUUCAGAGGGUUUAUAGUCUUGCUUCUGUAUCCAAGUACUUUGUGAAGAGUGAUGAAGAUGGUGUUUCUUUAGGCGCCAUGAUGGCAUUGAUUCAAGACAAGGUCUUCUUGGACAGCUGGUUCCAGUUGAAAGGUGCUGUUGUGGAAGGAGGAAUCCCAUUUAACAGGGUCCAUGGCACGCAUGCCUUUGAGUAUCCAGGUUUGGACCCCAGGUUUAACCAAGUGUUGAACACAGCAAUGUUCAACCACACCACUAUUGUUAUCAAGAAAAUUCUUGAUCUGUACAAGGGUUUUGAGCACCUUAAGCAACUUGUUGAUGCUGGGGGUGGCCUUGGAGUGACUCUUAGCCUAAUCACUUCUAGAUACCCUCAUAUUAAGGGCAUUAACUUUGACUUGCCUCAUGUCAUCAAAGAUGCCCCUUCUUACACUGGUAUGAUCAUGACUUUUAAGUAUUGUACUGUAAUUGAUAGCUAAAUUUAUAAGCUAUUGAUUUUCCUUAUUCACACUUAAGAUUGUCAAUUGUAGCAAGGGUAAACAAGGGUCUUUCCCGCAGAGGACUAAGGUUAUAACUACUCAAAACAAUGUCACAAAAGUGACCACUGUUCCUAGCGAACAGCAAUCGAAAACCUAAUCUAAACUACUCAGAAAAUUACGAAAAUUUACAGAGAUACACUAGACACACAGGGCGUCUUGCACACAAAAUUUGGUAUUAUUCGGAAUUGAUUUACUAUUCUAAACAAAUACGAAAAUAUAGAGUACAGAAGCUGAAAAUAACAAAAACUGGUUUUAAGAUGGUUUGAAAACAAUAUGAUGAAGAUAGUUAGGGAAGAUGCAUCCACCCCGGACAAUCACACACAAGAUAAUUUGUUCAAUCCUAAUUCAAUUAAUCUAGAUGAAGAUGCUCAGGUUGGCUCGGUACGCUUGAACACAACCUAUUACCCUUUCUUACUUCGUACGCUAGGCAGGAAGUGCUCUACACCUAGACUAUUCCCAAGCAAUGCAACCUAAAGGUACGCUUAUUAGAUUAAACAUGCAGAGAUCAUUAAGGUCUAAAAGAGUUUGAGACAUCACUAGGCAUCGCAAUAAACUUAGCGCCUUGCUAAACCUAGGACUUAGUUUACUUGAUAGUGAAAACUAACAAUUGCUUCUCUAGAAGGUUUGAGGAAUCCAACUAUUGAUCCAGGCAUCAAACAAUCAAAGCGGUAGAACCCUAACAUGCAUACUAAGCGUGCACUCAAAGCAUACAAGCAAGAAUUCAUCAAUGGAAAAGCAGUAAACAAAAGUCUCAUCUUGAAUUAAAAGAAAAUAAAAUCAAAGGUCAAAUCAUCUUGUAGUUCAUGUCUAGGGGCUUCAAGCAGCCCCCUAACUAAUAAAAACUAGUUAAACAUAGAAGAAACAAAACAAACUAAAGAAGGGGAGGCAGAGAGAGAGAGAGCUGCUGCAGAAUCAUCUCCUUUUAUAUGGUUAGAGGUUGCCUCCAUCUUUCUUGUUGUGUAGGAAAUCCAAAACUUAAAAGAAUUAGGGUUAGCGUGCUUAGGUGGAGUUUUCCUAUUGGCUCUUGAACUUGAUGACUCAUUCCAACCAUUCGCAUCAUGCCAUUUGUCUAUAUUGAGCUGAUAUAUGAAGCACAAACUCGUCCUCGGGCUUUUCGGUGUGAUUUGGGCUUCGAAACAUAAAUUCCCGUCCAACCUCAGAUUCACGCGCAGCCUGACCUUCUUGUACUAAAUCAGCCAUAACUUCUUCUAGAAAAAUGAUAUUGACAAGCCGUAAAAAGAUCUGGAAACUAGACAUCUGGAGCUUUCCAUCAAUAUAAAGAUCAUCCUCUGGAUCGUUCUGAGCUGGUCUCAGUGCUCUGUCGAAGUUAACUGAUCUGCACAGGCAGAUUUCCCGAUUUUGCAUUUCAAUCCCUCUUUUACUUCUUUUCUCCUUCUUUACUCCAAGAUACCUAUAAAACAAAUAAACAACGUAAAUAACUAGAAAAUACACUAAACUAACAAAGAAAGUAUAGAGAUUAACGCUAUUAAUAUCACAUAAUUAUGCUCCUAUCAAAUACCCCCACACUUAAGCUUUGCUAGUCCCUAGCAAACAGAGAACUAACUAGACAAAAGACACGGACCUAAUGUCUUCCAAACAUCUCAGAGAACUUAUAAUGCCCACAAGUAUGGUCAACAAAAUUCACA